UCGGGAGGCUCGCACAGUCAGCCGGCGACUCUUCAAUGAGAACGACGACGGCUGCGUGGCCGGCCGCCCGUUCUCACCGUGUGUCACGUUUCCGUCGACGGAAAUAUAAAUGCGUGUGUCCAAGUGCGUGCGACCCACCCCCUCCCCAUCCCCGCGAGAUUAACGUCGAUACGUACGAAGAAUCGUGAGAAUUCGAAACCUAUCUCAACAGUGCGCUGCUUCCUUUCUUUCUUUCUUUCUUCCUUUCUAUUUCCAUUAUCCCUCGCCUUCCACAAUCCUUCUUUUCCCCAACGAACGAACGAGGUGGUGCUUCGAUCAGAGGAGAAUAACAGAAUUUCCAGAGAUACAUACAUAAGCAUCGUGGAGAGGCUCGAUCCAGAUCGAGAUCAGAAGCUGAGAUAUAUAAAAGGAAGGAGGAAUCAACCGCGAGUAACACCCGCAAUUACAAUCAUCCCAAGAAUCCGGCGUAUCUCGGAGGGAGGAGCAAGGAAGAAGGGAGGCCUCCUACCUGUCUUCGACGAGCAGCAGAGUUCUUCCACCGCCCCCGCGAAAGGAACAAUCGAUGGAAUCGACGUGGAAUCCACUCUAGGCGAAGGUGAAGGCGCCAACGACCACCAUCACCCCUCCUCCUCCUCCUCCUCCUCCUGCUCCUGCUCCUCGCACGAGGUCGAAUCGCGAUGAGAAUCGUCGUGCGCGAAACAACGUUUCAUCGCCCCUCAGCCUCGCCCCGGCCUCGAAACUAGACGAUGCCCCGCGACCUCUCCUCCCCCCCUCGCCCAGUGUUCACGCGAGCGAAGCUCGGCCGGCCCCGUUCAAUCGAGAAGCGCGCACGGAUGGGUGGGCGAUCGGCAAUCACGCCGAUCGAGGAGGCCGCCAAUCGUUACUAGAAGCGGAUUACGAUGGCCAGCGCGACGGGGACGACUCGUCUCGGUGUUCGCGCGUGCUAGUGACUUGCCAGUGUCAAAGUGGAAUUACGCUAGUGUGGAUCGGGAUGCGACGCGCCGAUAUCUUCUCCUCGAUGGGUCGCAGCCAACCAUGGAAACGAGAAACCGAAGCAGAAGGAUCGAAGGACGGAGGGGAGGAACGCGUUGACGAACGGAGGAGGUCGGCGAUGACGAGGAUGAGGAGAAGGUGUUCGAGGGAGACUCGGGGGAGGAAAUUUUUCAACAGGGCGACGCGACGCGCCCUCGAGCUGAUCCUCCACCUUCUGCUGAUCCACAGCUUCGCCGGGACGGGGGGGGUCGCGGCCCAGUUAGCCGAGUGCCCUCCCCCCGAAACCAUCCCCGGCUGCCCCUGCUACAACUUCGACGACGGCCUUUUCCUGGAAUGCGCUGGCGCCACCGAGGACACCCUGAGAAGCACCCUGCUAAGCGUUCUGAGCGUGUCCGGAACAGGUACGAUGGUGCAGUCGUUGAGCGUUUACGAGUUGGACAAAAGCGUGGAGGAGUUGAAGGAGGGCAGUUUCCCGGCCGGUUCCCAGAUCAGGCAUCUGCAGAUCUCCCACUCCUCCCUUCGAGAGAUCAGCGAGGGGGCGUUCGCGAAUCUCAAGGACAGCCUGGAAUCGUUGGCCCUGCUCUCCAGCCGUUUGCUCCACGUGCCGCAGAAAUCGUUGGCCGAUCUGCGCAAAUUGGCCGCCCUCGACCUCGAGGCCAAUUUGAUACACGAUUUGUCUUCCUAUUGCUUCUACGGUUUGAAACUGAUGAAACUUACCCUCAAGGGUAAUCAGAUAUCAAAGAUCUCCGAGUACGCGUUCGCGGGAUUGGAGGACAGCCUGAGCGAUCUCGACUUAACCGAGAACAAGCUCAAGCUGUUCCCCAUGGCGCCGUUGAGAAGAUUAGAGAGCCUCGCCUCGCUGAGGCUCGCGUGGAACGAGAUAUCGGAGCUGCCCGACGAUAGCUACAGCCUCCUCGGCUCCCUAUUGAUCCUCGACUUGAGCAGCAACAAUUUUGAGAAAUUGUCCGAGGAUUGUUUACGAUCGUGCCCGAUCCUGCACACCCUCUCCUUCUAUUACAACUCGAUAGAGACGAUCCACAAGGACGCGUUCGUCUCCCUCAAGGAGCUCGAGUCGAUCGAUCUCAGCUACAACAAGAUCGUGUUCCUCGACGUGGCCACGUUCAAAGGAAACGAGAGGUUGCGAAACAUCGAGUUGAGCAACAAUCACAUCCAUUACAUCGGAGGCGUGUUCGCGAGGCUGCCCGAGCUUCGAGAGCUUUAUUUGGCCGAGAACAACAUUCUGGAAAUCCCGGGGGACGCGUUCGUCGGCAGCGUGAGCCUCGCAGUUGUCUACCUUCAACAGAACGCCAUCAGAAGGAUCGACGGGAGGGGGCUGACAGAUCUCAACCAAUUGGCCCAAUUACACCUGAGCAACAAUUACAUCGAGAAGGUGCCGCGAGAAUUCCUCGAGCACUGCGAGAACCUUUCCUCCUUGUCCCUGGACGGGAACAAGAUCCACGAGCUUCAACCGGGCACGUUCCUAAAGCUGCACCAACUCAGGGAGCUGCGGUUGCAGGACAAUAACAUAACCGAGGUGAAACGGGGCGUGUUCUCGCCCCUGCCCUCGUUGCUCGAGCUCCACUUGCAGAACAACGCCAUCACCGAUAUGGAGACGGGCGCGUUGAGAACGUUGAACAGUCUUCAACACGUCAAUCUCCAAGGAAAUCAGCUCACCGUUCUGGGGGACGUGUUCCAACUGUCCGCCUCGGAAUCCUCCUCCGGUGGAAGCUCGUUGGUCUCCAUUCAAUUGGACAGCAACGGUCUGGCCGUGUUGCACAACGACUCUCUCCGCGGCCAGGCAUCGGUCAGAAUCAUGUGGCUCGGCCAUAACAAAUUGACGCAUCUCCAGGCACCGUUGUUCAGGGAUUUGCUGCUCGUCGAGAGACUGUACUUGACCAACAACUCGAUAUCCAGAAUAGAGGACGGCGCCUUUCAGCCUAUGCAGGCGCUCAAAUUUCUCGAGCUAAGUAUGAACAAGCUGAGCCACGUCACGGCGAGGACGUUCUCCGAGUUGCACGAGUUGGAGGAAUUGUAUCUGCAGGACAACGGUCUGAGACGAUUGGAUCCGUACGCUCUGACCGCUUUGAAGAAGUUGAAGGUGUUGGAUCUCGCGAACAAUCAUCUCACCGUUCUUCACGACGCCAUAUUCCAAGAGGGUUUGCCGAUCAAGACGUUGAAUUUGAAGAAUUGUUCCAUCAUAAGCAUAGAGGGGGGAGCUUUCAGGGGUCUCGACAAUCUGUCCGAUCUGAAUCUGGACGGCAAUCACCUGACAGUUUCCGCCUUGUUGAAUCUGCGAGUGUCCGGUCUUCGAACGUUGGCCGCAUCCGGGAACAACUUCAGCCAAAUAUCGGAGCACAGCUUGAACGGGUUACCGUCUCUCCAGGAAUUGUAUCUCGACAAAGCUCACAUCUCUCAAUUACCCGAGGUUAUAUUCGUGUUGAAUCGGAACUUGGCACGGUUGCAUCUGAACAAAAACGAUCUACGCAAUUUGCCGCCGGGCAUCUUCGACAGGCUUGCCUCCCUCAGAGAGAUCCGUCUCGAUUACAAUCGGUUCCAGGAUAUACCGUAUUCAGCCCUGGCUAACGCCCUUAACCUCGAGAUCCUCACGUUGUCCAAUAAUCAGAUCGUCAACGUGGACGUGGCCAGUUUCGCAAGUCUUAAACACCUGAGAGAAUUGGACCUCAGCCACAAUCGAAUCGAGACCAUGUCCGGCUUCGCAACGGCCAACCUCUCGUGCCUCAUCUCCGUCGAUCUCAGCCACAACCAUCUCAACGCGCUCCCGGCCAAUUUCUUCGCCCAUUCCUCCAUGCUUCGCAAAGUGGACCUAUCCGAGAACAAAUUCAGGCAAAUCCCGUCCGUUGCGUUGUCCGGGCAGAAUCUUCCCGGCCUGACUUGGUUAAAUUUGACCAGGAACCCGUUGAACAGGAUCCACGUCCUCCCCUCGGAGGCGAGAUACCCCGUCCUCCAAGAAGUGCACAUAUCGGGCACGAAUCUGAGCAUAGUGACGUCCCAGGAUUUCGAGGCGUUCCCCGCCCUGUUGCAUUUGUAUCUGAGCCACAACAGCGUAUCGAGGGUGUCCCCGGGCGCGUUCAGAAGCUUGCCCAACCUCUUAACCCUGCAUCUGGGAAUGAACAGUUUGGACAUCUUGCCCAAAGAGAGGCUGCAAGGGAUGGAGCACUUGCGGAUCCUGAAUCUGACGCACAAUCUUCUGAAAGAGCUGGACGAGUUUCCGGAGGACUUGAAGUCGUUGCAGAUAUUGGACCUCUCGUACAAUCAGAUCGGGAUCGUGGGCAAGGUGACGUUCAAGAACUUGGUCAGCCUGGUCGAGCUUCAUCUUUAUGGUAAUUGGAUCAACGCCAUCUCCAGCGAGGCGUUCAGACCGCUCAAGAAGCUACGAUUGUUGGAUCUGAGUAGAAAUUAUUUGGAGAAUCUACCCUUGAACGCGUUCAGACCUCUCGAGACCCAGAUUCGGAGUUUACGCGCCGAAGAAAAUCCGUUGAUCUGUGGCUGCGAGUCGCAGGAGCUUUGGGAAUGGCUGAGGGACCACCAGAAGCUGGUGAGCGGGGUAGGCGGCGGUCGCGGGCGCGGGAGGAACGGCGUCGGGGUCGGUGACGUGGAGGACGGGCUUUUAAAGUGCCAGCAACCGCCUGAAUUGCAGGGCCUGGUCUUCCUCGAUCUCGAUCCUCACGAGUUCUGUUCCGCCCCGUUGAUCCUGAAACUCGCGAUUCAAGACAUCCAACCGUUCUCGGUCCUCGUUUCCUGGCAAAGCAGGAACCACUCGGGUCUCCACGGCUACCAAGUGGCCUAUCACGCGCUGGACAACGUGGACGAGGUACGAGGGAAGCUGCUCGAUCCAAAGGCACGUUCGGUAAGAUUGACGAAGUUGGCCUCGGACACGAGGUACCUGAUCUGCGUGCUCGGGCUGGGCAGUUGGGGCACGUCGAUCCCGGAGGACAUUGGCUCUUGGCAAUGGAACGCCUCUCACGACGACGUGAUCGAGGGCUCGGCUCGCCCCGCCAUGGUCAAUUCGCUCACCAGCCAAUGCACGGAGGUGAGAACGUUGGACGCGCCCGACUCGAUCGUGGGCGACGGGACGAUGAGCGACAGGGGCGGGCUGGCCAACAUCCUUACCAGGAGACUGGGCCUGAUAGUGGGCAGUUGCAUGGGUUUCGUGGUGUUCGUCGUGCUCAUCUCGGUGUUGGGCUACAUGAAGAUGAAGAAGCAACGGUCGACCGAGAAGAGGGAUCAGCCGCUCUCGUCCAAUCCCCAAGCGUACAUGUCCUACAGGCAUUUCUCGUUGCAAAGCGGAGACAGGGCUGACAACGCGUGUCCCAGUUUCAUCAGUAAUAUCGGGACCACCCCGUUGAACUCGUAGCACAAGCCGAUCGAGCCUCGAAAAGAGGCUCUCGACCGCUGUUGCGUCGCCGAGAAGAUGAAGAGGAACUCGCCCCCCGGGCGCGCGGGCAUCUUCGGCUAGCAACGAUAAGGGAGGAGACUCUGCAGGGAGACUAAGCGGAAGGACGAACAGUUUCGUGCGCGGGGAAUUUAGAUUGCUCAGUUUUCUCAGAAGGAAUUUCCGUUCCUGGUGGGCGACCGUCCAUCCGUCGUGGACGCGAGCGUGGAAGGGAGAAGCAAUUAAGAGAAGUGCCAAAAAAACUGAUGCGAGAGUAGGUUUUUUUAACGAAAUCCAAUCGGUUAUUAUAUUAGUCGUUCAUAUCGUGACGCGCGUCCGUUAAUCGGGAAUGACGAUGAGAAACGAAACCGUGAAAACACGUGCCAAAUGUUCGAAAAGGAAGGGACUUGUUCGAGACGCGAAAAUGAUUGUUGUCCUGUUUUUUCUAAAUAAGCGAGGGGAGGAAAGGAAGAAAGAAAAAAAAAAAAGAAAAAGAAAAGAAAGGAAAAAAAAUAUACCGACUCUUACCGACCAUUCACGCAAACCGAACAACGAUGUAAACGACCCCCUUUUUAAAACGUUCGAAUCUCUCCUACGAAGACUGAUUUUUUAAACGUCGUUUCUCCCCCUCCCCCAACGAUCCCUGAGGAAAAUCAUCUUACGAAAAAAAAAAAAAAGAAAAAAGAAAAAAAAAAAUUAAUCCCAUCAUUUCGAUGCUCGCAUAAUUAUAAUUAUAUUGUGUGUAAGAUACGUGAGGAUUUUUUUGUAAAUAAUUAACAAUAUCGCAAAGAACGUAAAGAGAGUGCAACGUAAGACGAUACCGUAUCGUAUACGUUGUGUCGCGAGAAAAAAAAAAAAAAAGUCCCUCUAUAGCGCUGCGCAAGCAAUAUUACACUUAAUCUAAUCGAUAGUCCCCCGACGAUCAACGUUGGGAAGAGAGAAAAAAAAAAAAGGAAAAGGGUUAAUUGAAAAAAGGCGAUCUCAUAGAGGACGACGAGUUCGUUCGUUUCUUCUUUUUUCUUUCUUUCUUUCUUUUUUUUUCUUUUUUGUUCUACAAGUACGACCACCCCAAGUGUGAAAGGAUCGACGAUCCUUGCACGGUGUGGUUCGAUCACUUUUUCCUCUUUCUCUCUCUCCCUCUUUUUCUCCCUCUUUCCCCUCAUAUAAUAAUCCUCCGCGUGUGUCGUCGAUCGUCCGGCACACGGUAUUUUCACGAAUAAACGCGACCAAGUGCCGCGACACUCCUGCCAAGAAACGAGAGAACGGAGAGAAGCGCGAUCUCGAGUUGCCAAAUGUGUUAUAUACGGUGACGUUGCGGAUGAUGAUGAAUUUACUGUAUAUAGAUAGAGGAUAUGUAUACACAUAGCAUUCUUUAUUAUAUAUAGGCAUAGGCUUUCGGUUAAUAAAAAUACACCAAAGCUC